GGUGGGGGGUGGUUCCCUAUUUCUUUUUUUGCUGGGAGUUUGCAACCCUAUUAGUUACACUCUAAAAAAUAUUCAUGGUGUUUGUAGGUAGAACUUAACAAAAAAGCAUUUUUCUACUUAAAAAAGUAAGUUGUCUACAUGUACACGUUUCAGUGAGUUGACUAAUCAAUGUUAAAAGUCAGUGCAACACAGAAAUUAAUAAACACCUCCUUAACUUAAAUGUUUGAGUAUAUUGAACAAAAUACUUUUGUCAUCAAUCAACAACAGAAAAUAUUAAGUUUGUGUAACAUGUAAAAGUGAGUUUGAACAUCCUUUGUGUUUGAACUGCCCAUAACUGGACCAUAACGAAAAAAUAAUUACAACUGCCAUAAAAACAGAAGAAACAGAAAAAAAACAGAGGUUGGCACCACUAUCUGGUAAGUUUCUUGUUUUAUAGUCUUUUAUAAAUAUGUACUAGUUACAGAAAUUUACUGCGUAAGUUUAGUCUGACAAUGGCAGCUACAUGAUGUGAAUUGACACUCUGUGUUAUGCUAGUUGUUACUCUAUAAAAGUAAGAGCGUUUGUCUUUUUUCCUGUUAUUAAUUAAAACUGUCAAUUAAAUCUGUCACUCUGGUGGUUACUUUGAUUAGCCAUAGGUGUGUAUGUGACCAUGCAUACAGCAGAGGGUAACCCCGUAGCAUAUGUUCAUAUCAUCACAGGCGUAGCAGUUGUCUGCAUUCGUACCGCUUUGUGGGAGUAGAGGUGGGUUUCCCCUAGACUGUGUUCGACAUCCCUGAGAAAAUGGCUGAAACGAUCUUUCAGUAUGUUGCCUACCCAACAUCUGCACAAUUAGCAGAUGUAGCUAAAGCACUUGUUCAACAACAUCCUUGCCUUAAAGAACUGGGAUCCUAUAAUGGAUGCUAUGGAUGGCAACAAAGACUGAAAUAUAAAAUGGGCAAUUACAGAAGUAAACUCAGAGGGCUUGGGUGCCCUGAGCUGGAUGUGAACUCCCUCAAAAGAAAGCAAGCACAUGAGAAGACACCUUCAAAGAAUCGCAAAAAGCCAAGAAAGGCUGAGGUGAACUAUUUACCACUUCACCCACAAGGAGAAACAGAGGAAAGCUUGGAAAAGGAAAGAUUGGAACUUCUUGAUGAAGUGAAGAAGAGGAUCAACUAUCGGAUCAUCAGUGAAAAAAUGGCCAAAACAUUCUCGAAUCGCAAACAGAAAGUUGUUAAUCUGGCACCGUCUGUGAAUGACUUCAGAAGUAGAUGGCCUGCGCUUUUUGAUGCAGCACAGAUAAAUGAUGAAUUCCAAAGGAUCACCACUGUUAACUUGGAAACAACAUUCAUGGCAAAACUGGACCAGUAUUCCACAAGAAUAAUGUCCCUGGUCUCUUCAAAAGGCGGUGCUGCAAAAAUUAAGAUUGAGCGCAUCAGGAACAUGUUGCAAGAGAGUUCGGUGGAAACAAGAAGAGGUGUCACAAUCCGUUGCCUGAUGGUGUAUCUGAAAGAGAAAGAGGAGGAUCUCUUCAGAGAACAGCUGGAUGGUGAAGAACAGUUCCCAGAAGAAGUGGUAAAGAUCGUAGUCACCAGACGUGCAGCAGUGUCUCUUCCAGCCGUCGCUAAAAUUGUGAUUGAAGGAACAGCUAUCCUGGAAGACCUUGAUGUGCCGAGAGCAUGUGCCUUAAUGAUGGGACUUAUAUACGCUCUCAAUCUGAGCUACCCCAAACAAGUAAAGAACACUCUAGAGGUAUUCCAUAAGGUGUUUCUGGAACUUGAUGGGCUUAAAGCCAGCCCACGGGUAAUGUCUCUUAAGUACAAACUUCUGUCAUAAAACAAAUGUAAUUUAGGCUGCAAUAUUCAGAUGUGCUGCUUCUUGUGUUUUUUAUGCAGUCUUAGACAAGUGUAGUUUUGAGAGUUCAUAAUACGUAUAACCUUACCUUUGGAUUGUUGCGUUGUUAAAUAUUAAAAUGUUUUGUAAUUUUCUUGAUUCUGUGAUAUUUACCAAGUUGGUAGGUUAAAGUUAAUGUUUAAUAAUAAGCAGAUUUGCAAAAACAAAUUGCCUUACGUUGCAACGUUUGUUUUCUGAGGUAUUUUAGAAGGGUGUGAUUUAAAAUUAUUGUUAUUUGGAAGACUUUAUAUAUAUAUUUGCCGCUUUAUUUAAUAUACCUUUACAAAUCUUUAUAGUGGUUCUCAAAAUCAGUCAUGAGGCCCCACUGCUCUGCUUGUUUCUAUUAAUAACUAAACACUGUUGAUUGGCUGGUGUGUUCAGUUAAUCAGAAGUUGUAGGCACCAUUGUGGAGUAAAAAGAACGAAGUGAACUGGUAUGUUUUAGCUUCUGAUUCAACACACCGUGUCCAGGUAAUAAACAUGCUACAUUUUCUUUUGUUACUGAGGUUGUUUGUGGAGGAAUUGUACUGAAAUACAUUAUUGUUUUUGCCCACUCAUUUAUAAUUAAAGGGCUGCUGUAAUGUUUGAUUUAUGUUGUAUGACACAGAAGUGUAUUACUUCGAAAAUGUUAUGCAAUAAACUGUUUCAUCAGUUGGAAUAA